CCAUCAACAUGGCCUACAGCUGCUGCUCUGGAAACUUCUCUUCCCGCUCCCUUAGGGGCUACCUGCGCUACCCAAGCUCCUCCUGUGGCUCUUCUUCCCCCAGCAACCUGGUCUACUGCAGACCUCUGCUCUCCCAGCACCUGCCAGCUGGGCUCCUCCCUCUACAGCGGCUGUCAGGAGACCUCCUGUGAGCCCACCAGCUGCCGGACGUCCUGCGUGGUG